CCUCUCAAAUCGAUCUAAAGAUGUCUCCCAAAUUCGCAAUUGCAAUCCUUCUCUUGAGCUGCGUUCUUCUGGGUAUCGCAAAUGCGCAGCAAAUGCGGUAUCCCCAGCAUCGCCAGCAGACGAGAUACCAACAGGCGGGUCGCUACAAUACACAGAGGGCUGGAGCUCGUAAUUUGGAUGGCUCGGGUUCAGUACCUCCGAGUUUGCCCCCUCCGGACUUAGGUCUCCCUCCUUCUGGGGGUCCUUUAGAUGGUGGCGCUAUCAAUCCGGAUUGUAUGCCUAAUCAACUGGCCAGCGGCAAUGUUGACAACAAGAGACCUAGGCCAAGGCACUAAAAGGACACAGAGGCCAAUCCAAAACGGCAGUUCCACAGUCGCCAUAUCAUGAUCACAUAACAUCAUAUAGUAAAGGUUUUGGAUUGUAUUCAUUCGGUGGUAAUAAAGGUGUAUACAAAUAUUAAAGGAAAAGUAAAGUCCUAUUUGUAUUUAGUUUUUGUAACCGCAUAGAAAUCUUUUUU